UGGCUAAGGAGAAGUGAGGAGUCAAGUUUAGAUGCAGGCUCUGGACUGAGCACGCCACAGCCAGGUAGAAGAGGCUGCGUGUCCCCUUGGCCAGCUGCUGAUGCCUACAGCAGAACGAGGCUGCUGCGGCCACAUUGUGCACAGAAGGCAGUCUUUACCACCAGCCCCAGCUGGCCUCAGAGAUCCCCCAUGCUGUUAGGUCUCUAACCACUGUCCACCCAUCCAAUUCCCCCCUGGAUUCAAGGCAAUGUUGCCUCAAAACAAGGACCAGGUGCUGCUACAGAACACAGUGCCCUCAGGGUGUCCUCCUCAGGUCCUCUCACAGUUUGUGAAUUCACCUCUGCCCAACUUAGCAUCUCUUUCUCCCAAUCCGACCCUCCCUUCUUCCCACUUUCCUCUGCCUACCCCCCCACAGGCAUAUUUCCUCUCUUCUUUGACACAGACUCACUCUCCUGGGCCUUACUUCUCUUUGGACUCGAAUUCUGACUUUGUUCCUCCUGACUCUUCCUGUCACCCAAGAUCCUCUUCUUGCUUUCACCAAAACUAUACUCACUUUGGUGAAAAAGUCCCCUCUCCACACUCCAUCUCUCCCUCCAACUAUCAGCUCUGUGUCUCUCCCCCUCUUACCGGCUCCUCCUCUGCUUCCCAGCUACAACAAUCCUCUCCUCACUCCUGUCAGUCCCCUUCCCGCCUCCAGGACUUACAAAGCUCCAAGAUCACUUCCCCGGGCCCCAGCUCACCUUCUCCAAGGAUUCGGAGUAAGAAGCAAUCAUGGCAGUGGCCUCCGUCCGGAAGCAUCAAGUCCUCUCGGGGGGCAGGGGGAUGUGUGCCAAGCAAGGUGGACCCUGCAGCAUUCAAGGACCCAGGGGCCCUCACCCAAGCCCUGGUGUACCAUGUGGGGCGCCGCAGAAUUGCACGAGAGCUGCAGAUACUGUUUCUGCAGCAGCUGUGGCUCGAAACACCCGGCUGUGCCCCAGUCGUGGAGUACCCCAUAUGUCUAGUGUGCCUCCAGAUCCGCACCCCAUCUUGUCCCACCCCCAAGUACAAGACUAUACCCCGGCUGCUUGCCUUCCCUCAACUACUACCCUGUGCCCAGGGCCAGGAAUCUGGGCCUCUCCGAAUAGGAAUUGGCUUCGGCCUCUGCCUGCCUCGGGGCCAGGCCAGGGCUUUGCAUCUGGUGCCCCCGCAAAAUCCAGUGGGAGUAGAGUCUCAGGAAGAGGCCCUCCAGCGACAAAAAUCCACAACCCAAGAAUCAGUUCAAAUCACCAGCACACACUUCCAGGCCCGGAGCCUCUGGUCUGUAGACCUUCAAUCACCAAAACCCAGCCAGGGCUCCAGGUCUUUACUUCAGGAACCAAGCCAGGUCGCUGCAUGCCCAAAGGCCGGGCCUUCUGUCUCAAAGAGGUCUGUGACUCUAGAGUCUAUUCUCCGAAAGUUGCCAUCUUAAUCCCAGAGCAGCGGAGACCCUCUGGAACACCACCUCCAAAUUCUACCUUCCCUACCAGGACUUCUCAGACCUCGGAGGGCUGGCUGGCUGGAAGCCAGGUGUGUUCUCCUGCCCUGAACCCUGGGAACCCCUUGUGGAGUUUGCUCUCCCCUAGUUGAAGAGACCAGAGGCACCCAAGGACUCAUUCAGCCUUCAAGUUUAUCCAAUAAAGCCUA